UGUUUAACAGCACACGUCUCCGGUGAGAGCAUAAAAUGGAACGUCUCACGGCCCCUGGAAUUUGAGUCAGGUUUUUCUAGCCCAACUUUUUGGAUGCCCGCCUUUAGUGAAACCCCUCGUCAUGUGAUGACUCACAGUGUGUACCAGGCAAGGCCUGUCAGUUUAUGAUUCAACCUUUGGAUUGCUGUGUGCUAACCACCCUUGUCAGUGAAGACGCAAAAAAACACCAGACAGUGUUCUUGCAAGACUUUGCGAAGCAGCGUACACACCCAGAAAUCAUGUCACUUUCGGUGUGGGCUGUACCUCCCCAAUUUGAGUCCAGACUCGAGCUCCUGCCAUCGACUUCGCCAAACUCUUCCUAAUCUUCGGACUAAGGACGAGUUGCUCAACUCGUUAGGUUGCUCAACCACAGUAGUUAGGGCGCGUUGCCGAGUUACUCGUCCUAACUCGAGAUAGGAUUAAUCCUAGCGUUUCGUGAAAUCAGGUGCACUGGGAUUCUCUUAAAGCCCAAUAACCAACACCUUUUGACCUAAAAUUUGGGACGAGAAAGCAAUGGCAUCGUGUUCGUGGUCACCAUUAUGGACACCUUUAUCUGACAACAACUUGUCAGGGUGGGUCGAGACGUUUGAGCAAGCAGAAGAUGUCAGGAAAGCUUUUGAGGUCCAGAAAGCUCUCAAGUUUGUGUCAAGGCGGAGUCCGAGUAAUUUCGGCCAGUGGCAAAGUCAGGAAAACAGUAUAGUGUCGCAGCUUAAAGGUACAUUCCGAGUGCGAUACAGUGACAUUGGCGACGCGGUGGUGCCGUACGAUGGCGUACCAUUCAUCAUACUAGCCCGUCACGAACGCUGGUGUAUGUUUGGAAAAGAUCAACACAUUGCACAGAAGGAGAAAAAACUACAAGCUCAAGAAAAUGAAAAACAGGAUGACGAACCACCAGCCAAGAAGUCCAGAAAGAUCUUACAAACAACCAAGAAAAUUGGAUGUCCAGCAAGAAUCAUCAUGAAAUCUGUGGUCAGGUUCCCUGACUUCAAGAUUUCGACCAGUACUGAACGGGUGAAGCGAGCCGGGAGUGAACAUCUUCGCAACCUCUUGAAGAGUGAACCUCCACCUUCCUUGAAAGAAGAACACAUAAUCUACAUCGCGUUACCGAGCGAUGAGGCGCACCAAAACACACAUGAUCUUGGACAGUUGACCGGACUUAUGAACCCGUUGAAGAAAGAAAUUCGAGAAAAAAUUGUGGAGUUGGUUGGAAAAGGAGUCUGCAGCGUACGUGAAAUGCGGACCGAGAUACAGCACUAUGUGGAGUCUAGGGUGUUCGAUGGCAACCAGCAACCGUCACCCACUGACGCUGCGUACUUCCCAAGGAAUGAAACCAUCAGGAAACACAUGAGCAUGGCUAGGCUAAAGUUAAGGAACUUAAAACUCUACAAAGAGAAGCUCUCAAGCGGAGGAAAAGGAAUGACCCCAAUCAGUGCAAUGACCCUGAUCUGCCGCGAGAAACUAACCGCCGUAGAGAAAGCCACCUCUCUCUGCCAGAACGUAGACGUCCUCCAGCAGACAGCCAUGCUUCUCGACGAUGCAGUCACCUACAUCUUCUCUCAUCUUCGGAACCCCAAGAAGGCAUCCUCCUCUCUCCCGAUGCCCCUCAGCGAUAAAGACAUACAGGCUGUCUUGCAGGAGGCUGUGACUACCGUAGAAGCGGAUGCAGGAAGUGAACCUCCUGAAUCUGAAGGGGAGCUACUCGACGUCUUUGAGAGUUUUGACGUGAAUCUUGAGGAAGAGCUGGAGCAACUGAUGUUCCCGAUUACCUCAGAGGACUUGGCUGGUGACGAGUCGCUCUUGGAUUGUCUUGCUGAUGUGAUAGCAACGGGCGCCCGGUAACUGGUGAUACCCAAACUAUAUACCUAACAUUGUACCCUUAGUCGUCCUAAUAGUUUACAUUUUUAGCAGUAUACAGACUAAUGGUUAUUUCCUGACCAAUCCAGUAUAUAAUACCUGUGAAUUGAAGAACACAAACUACCCCGAUUACGUCGGAGGAUUUGCCCGGUAACUGAUGAUACCUAAACUAUAUAUCACACUGUACCCCAUAAGUGGUCCUAAAAAUUUACACUUUCAGUAUUUUUCAGACUAAAUUUUUUUAUUUCCUGACCAAUCCAGUAUAUAAUACAUGUGAAUUGAAGAACACAAACUACCCCGAUUUCGUCAGAGGACUUGGUCGAUGUGAUAGCAACAGGUACACGGUGAUGACUGAUGACACCUACUGUCCUAAUCGGGAUAAACAUUGUACCCUAAGCGUCCUUUGGAAUUCCAUGGUAUAAAAUAAUAAUUCAGAAUGCCAAAAAAAAGAAAACCUGCCUCGUGAAACCACUCCAAUUAACAAUGGACAACUAAACUUGGUGUGGGGGGAAGGGUAGUUCUUGGCAGUUAAGCAUUUGGGAAUUUGUCGCCGUUUAUGGGAAUCUCUAUUGGGAGUUAACCACUGUGUACCCUCCCAUCGAUCUAGAUAGAUAGAUAGAUAGAUAAAAGGUUUAUUGACAAUAGCCAUCACAGCAUACAAAAACUGAAUUGCAACAAUGAUAAAAUACUUUUAAAAGGUUAAAAGGACAUCAUUAAGAGAACAACAACAUUAUAUAAUUUAACAUCUAUUAAACAAAUUUAUCUACAAAUUUCUUUUUAUAAAAUACGCAAGCAAAAAGGGAAUA